CGCCGGGCCGUUGCUCCGCGGAGCUUCCCGGAUCCGAGCCCAGACGGCGUCGGCCGGGGCAGCCUGGGCGCCGCGACCCUCGGCGGCCACAGGGGGACGGGGAGGAGGAGGAGGAGGAGGAAGAGGCGGAGGCAGCGGCGGCAAGGAGGAGGAGGAGAAGGAGGAGGGCUCGCUCGCCUGCUCCGACGCAGACAUGGUGGACUGAUCCCCGGCGGGGCUGAGAGCAGGGAUUCCCGAGGCUCCCCCCGCGCGUGGCCCGCGCCCCGCGCCCCGCGCCCCGCACGCCCCUCGCCGGCGCCCGCGUUCCCGCCGCGCCCAGCGCCCGGUCCCUAUGGAGGCGCCGCUAGCCGGCGAGGCCGCUGACCAUGCCUAGGAGGGCCGGGAGCGGGCAGCUGCCGCUACCCCGGGGCUGGGAGGAGGCCAGGGACUACGACGGCAAGGUCUUCUACAUCGACCACAACACCAGGAGGACCAGCUGGAUCGACCCCCGGGACAGGUUGACGAAGCCCCUGUCCUUCGCUGAUUGUGUCGGGGAUGAGCUGCCCUGGGGAUGGGAAGCGGGCUUCGACCCUCAGAUUGGUGCCUACUACAUUGAUCACAUCAACAAAACCACGCAGAUUGAAGAUCCGAGAAAACAGUGGCGGGGCGAGCAAGAGAAGAUGCUCAAGCACUAUCUCUCUGUGGCCCAGGACGCACUCAGGACGCAGAAGGAGCUGUACCACGUGAAGGAGCAGAGGCUGGCGCUGGCCCUCGACGAAUACGUACGCUUAAAUGAUGCCUACAAGGAGAAGUCAAGCUCCCGCACAAGCCUCUUCUCAGGGUCUUCAUCUAGCACUAAAUAUGAUCCUGAUAUUUUAAAAGCUGAGAUCUCCACCACGCGAUUACGGGUUAAAAAGCUGAAGAGAGAACUCUCCCAGAUGAAGCAAGAACUUCUCUAUAAACAGCAAGGCUUUGAAACACUGCAACAAAUUGAUGAAAAGAUGUCUGGAGGCCAGAGUGGGUAUGAACUUAGUGAAGCCAAAGCCAUCCUGACAGAACUGAAAUCUAUCAGAAAAGCAAUCAGCUCAGGAGAAAAAGAAAAGCAAGAUCUAAUGCAGAGUCUUGCCAAGCUGCAGGAGCGCUUCCACUUGGAUCAGAACAUGGGCAGUUCCGAGCCAGAUCUGAGAUCCAGUCCUGUGAAUUCUCAUCUCUCUCUGUCCAGACAGACCCUUGAUGCUGGGUCGCAGACAAGCAUUUCUGGAGAUAUUGGGGUGCGGAGCAGAUCAAAUUUAGCUGAAAAGGUCAGGCUGAGUCUCCAGUAUGAAGAAGCCAAACGAAGCAUGGCUAACUUGAAAAUUGAGCUGUCAAAGUUGGACAGUGAGGCCUGGCCUGGGGCCCUGGACAUUGAGAAGGAGAAGCUGAUGCUGAUUAACGAAAAAGAAGAGCUUCUGAAAGAGCUGCAGUUCAUCACCCCCCAGAAACGCUCGCAAGAUGAGCUGGAGCACCUGGAGGCGGAGCGCCAGCGGCUGGAGGAGGAGCUGAUGUCCGUGCGUGGCUUGCCGAGCAGGGCUCUGGCCGAGAGAUUGAAAUUGGAAGAGAAAAGAAAAGAGCUGCUACAGAAACUUGAAGAAACGACUAAGUUAACUACUUCCUUGUAUUCGCAACUUAAAAGCCUCUCCUCCAGCACGCUGUCCAUGUCUUCCGGGAGCAGUCUGGGGUCCCUGGCCUCCAGUCGGGGCUCUCUGAACACCUCCAGCCGAGGCUCACUCAACUCCCUCAGCUCCAGCGAGCUCUACUACAGCAGCCAGGGCGACCAGAUGGACACAGACUAUCAGUAUAAACUGGACUUCCUUCUUCAAGAGAAGGGCGGCUACAUUCCUUCCGGACCCAUCACCACCAUCCAUGAGAAUGAGGUGGUCAAGUCCCCCAGCCAGCCUGGCCAGAGUGCGCUCUGCGGGGUGGCAGGUGCAGCCAGCAGCCACACUCCCCCCCUGACCGAGGCCUCCAAGUCAGUGGCGUCCCUCUCCUCCAGGUCCUCUCUUUCCUCCCUGUCCCCUCCCGGCUCCCCCCUGGUCUUGGACAGCACGUUCCCAGUAUCUUCUCACGACACCUCCCUGCACCGGUUCACGGCUGACUUUGAGGACUGUGAAUUGAGUGGCCACCUGGCUGCCCUUGGCCUUGGUGAAAAUCAGGUCUUGCUGGACUCAGAGCCCGGAGGAGCAUCCCAGGCUCUCCUUGAGGAUAAAGAUCUUGACGAGUGCGCUGGGGAGCUGCUGUAUGGAGGACCAUCAGAUGUGGAAAAGUCAUUACCCAAAAGAAGAGGACUCCAUCUUCGAAGAGACAAAAGUGCUUGUGUGUCAGCUGCUGCCUCUGACGAAUCCGUGGCCGGAGACAGCGGCGUCUAUGAAGCCUCCAUGAAACAGCCUGGUGAAAUCGAAGACAUUCCCUAUAGCGAAGAGGGUGUCACUGUUGUGGAGACAGCCCAGGUGCAAAUAGGACUCAGAUACGAUACAAAAAGUUCAAGCUUCAUGGUGAUUAUAGCUCAACUCCGCAAUCUUCAUGCCUUCUUGAUACCUCAUUCUUCAAAAGUGUAUUUCCGGGUUGCUGUGCUCCCCUCCUCGGCGGAUGUCAGCUGUCUGUUUCGAACGAGAGUGCAUCCACCCACCGAGGCCGUGCUGUACAACGACGUGUUCAGGGUGGCCAUUUCUCAGGCAGCCCUGCAACAGAAGACCCUGAGAGUGGACCUCUGCUCCGUCAGUAGACACCGCCGGGAGGAAUGCCUGGCUGGGACGCAGAUCAGCCUGGCUGAUUUACCGUUUUCCAAUGAGAUUUUCGUGCUGUGGUAUAAUUUACUUCCUUCCAAGCAAAUGCCUUGCAAGAAGAAUGAAGAAGAAAAUGAGGAGCCGGUAGCUCAGUCAAGCCAGUCAGAACUGGAUUCUCUAGACUUGGAUGCCGUGUCAGCCUUACUUGCAAGAACUUCAGCCGAGCUCUUGGCUGUGGAGCAAGAACUGGCCCAAGAGGAGGAGGAGGAGCUGAGGCCAGAAGAAGAGCGGGGUCCAGGAGGAGAUUGCCUAUCGAUGCUUAGAGAGGCCUCUGACGAAACUGUGGCUGCGAAAGAGGCCGAGGGUCACCCGGCAGAGGGCAGUCGCUGCACAGAAGACCCGAGGUCAUGCUCUAGCAGGCCUCGGACAAGCGAAGACCAGUGUAGGAAAGAAAAUGAGCAUGCUGAAGACCCUAGCCAGCCACCAACUGGAAUUCCCACCCUGGUCGAUAAGGAGACAAAUACUGAUGAAGCAGUUGACAGCAAUAUGGCGGUUCGUCCCAAAGACCGUAGCAGCCUGAGCUCUCGGCAGCACCCCUUCGUGAGAAACAGCGUGAUAGUUCGCUCGCAGACCUUCUCCCCAGGCGAGCGGAGCCAGUACAUCUGCCGGUUAAAUCGUAGUGACAGCGACAGUUCAACCUUGGCGAAAAAAUCAUUGUUUGUGAGAAACUCCACCGAACGGCGCAGUUUGCGGGUCAAAAGGGCAGCGUGCCAGCCCACCCUCAGGAGGACUGCUCAGGAAUGCCCCGUGCGCACAUCUCUGGACCUGGAGCUGGACCUGCAGGCCUCCCUGACCCGCCAGAGCCGCCUCAACGACGAGCUACAGGCCCUGAGAGGCUUACGGCAGAAGCUGGAGGAGCUGAAAGCUCAGGGAGAGACCGACCUUCCCCCGGGCGUGCUGGAGGAUGAGCGAUUCCAGAAGCUUCUGAAGCAAGCUGAGAAGCAGGCUGAGCAGACGAAAGAAGAGCAGAAGCAAGACCUGAACGCAGAGAAGCUGAUGAGGCAGGUGGCCAAGGACGUGUGCCGGCUGCGGGAGCAGGGCCAGAAGGUGCCUCGGCAGGUGCAGUCCUUCAGGGAGAAGAUAGCCUACUUCACACGCGCGAAGAUUAGUAUCCCGUCCCUGCCAGCUGAUGACGUGUGACCUCGGCUUGCCGGUGCUCCUCACCUGGCCACUUUCCAACAGAGGGUCAAAGACUGAACAUUUACUUUGUUGUUGUUUUUUAUUUUGUGUUGGGGGCGGGGCUUUCAUUUCCUGUAACAUAAGUGUCAACUCUUGAAGAACUUUCGUUUCACACCAGUUUCAUCAGGUCCAUUUGUAAAGUACUUUGAAUGUAACUCUUACAUGCUUUGAGAAGAAAAAAAAAUCACAACAAAAAUGGGGUAACCUGGUCCACAAGUGCUGUAUGAGUGUGUUAGCACUGAGCUUUGCUACAGAAGGGAACAGUGGUGGCGAGUGCCCGGUGUUCACCUGCUGAGCCGACCGCAGGGGGCAGCCGUCCGGCAGCCCGUGAGGCUGGUGCCCCAGUGCCAUGGCGGGCCCCAGAGCAGAAAGCCACACUUGCCAUGGAAAGCAUGGCUCUGAGUCCACCUAGAGCAGGUGCCCUGGUCCUUCUGUCACCUGUGCCUGACCACCUUGUUUCUGCCCUCUUAAACUCAUCUAGUGAAAACAAACGUAUGAGAUGCCGAGAACAAGAGCGUGAGGAGUAAAGGGCCACCCUUCCCUCGGGGGUCGGGGGGGCAGCACCAGCUACCCAGGCACCACUAAGGGAACUCAGCAAAUGCUGAGUGGCCGCUGCUUCCAACACAGACCGGAUCUGCAGGGCUCCCUGUCAGGUUCUGGCCCACCCGGGGCCUUGUCCUAGGGGUGAAGACGAUGCUGAGAAGCACAUGGUUUCCCUAGGCUCUGACGACAGUGCAGGCAGUGCGGAGGGACUCACCAUGUUCAUUUAGGUGAGAACUGAGGACAGGGCGAAUCUUGGUGAGAUCAAACUUGCCAGCCAGAAGAGAGGGUAUCAAGGUUUCUACGCCCGCCGGAAGUUAGGGAACAGCUGUCAUCUUCAGGGGAUUCUGUCAGUGAAGCACAGACAGUAGCUGGAAGCAGAAACAGAGGGUGUACCUAAGGGACUCGGUGUGGACCAGAUCAUUUGAUAUAUAUAUGUGGUGAGCAAGCAAGCUUAAGAUAGAAAUUGGUCCAAGUGUUCUGUUCUCUAGCAUAGGUCUUAACUUACCAGACCCAGGCACUUCUUUUAAAAAAAAAAAAAAAAAGGCUCAGCAUAGCUUUGCCAGCAUAAAAGUGUUAAAAUACAUAGUGUUUAGGUAACUUAAACCGUACUUACUCAGUCUGUCAUACUGGAAGAAGCCGUGUUUUGGUGAGCCAUCUUAUAGAGCAAGCUAAAUUAUUUUUAUUUUUUUAAUGCAAAAUAAUUUUAUAGAAAUUAAAAGAAGGCAAGAAAAAAAAUCUGUUAAAAAAAAUGUUAUGUUACGCUGGAAUCCCUAUCCGUAAGGAUUUUUAUUGUCUUAAAUCUAUGCAUAUUUUAGAAAGUUCAUUUUCAUCAGAAUCAAAGUUUAUACUCAGCCAGAACUCAGUCAGUUAUCAAGUCGUUGUGCCUAAAACAUACUCAUUUUCCCCCUGAAUGUUCUACAGCUCAUAUCCAACCUCUUAGAAGAUGUAACUGGACUCAACACUACGUGGAGCAAAAAAAAAAAAAAAACAGAAAA